AUGGCGGACGACGGCGAGAUCACGAUCGAGGGAGCUUACACCGGAUCCACCAAGUUCCGUCUCUACACCGUCACCUUCUUCGGCACCCCCAUUUCCGUCACCGUCACUUCAAACCCUUCCGCCGUCAGCAAAUGGGUCCGGAAGACCGUCUUCUUCCACCGCCGCCGCCGCGAACCCAUGGUCGUCGGGACCGGCGUCCAGUGGACCGCAUUCCACGGCUCCAGCUCACCGGCCCAAACCCUCCACCUCUGCGUCGGCACACGCUGCCUGAUCUUCCAGCUCUACCGCGCCGAUAGGGUUCCGCUCUCCCUGCGAAAAUUCCUCUACCACACGGGCAACACCUUCGUCGGGCUGUGGAACGGCUCCGACCAGCGGAAGCUGUACGAGUCGGAGCACGUGGUUGGCAUCCACGAUCUCCUGGAUCUGAGGAAGUACGCGGAGGCCGACGACGGGAGGAGCCUGAGAGGGGCGUCGGCGGAGGAAAUUGUGAGGGAGGUGCUGGGUUACGAAGGGGUGAGAUUGGAGAAGGAAAUUAGUCUGAGCGAUUGGGGGAGAAGGGAUCUUGGGCGCGAUCAGGUCAUGCAAGCUUGUGUUGAUGCUUACGUUUCGUUUCGGAUUGGGAGAGAUCUGCGAGCUUGGGAGCUCUGA